CACUGGUACCAUUGCAGCGACAACAGCCACAGUGCCCACUACCACUGGUACUACAGCAGUGACAACAGCCACAGUGCCAACUACCACUGGUACAACUGCAGCAACAACAGCCACAUUGCCCAUUACCACUGGUACUACUGCAACAGUGCCCACUACAACUGCAGCAACAACAGCCACAGUGCCCACUACCAUUGGUACCACUGCAGCAACAACAGCCACAUUGUCCAUUACCACUGGUACUACUGCAACAGUGCCCACUACAACUGCAGCAACAACAGCAACAGUGCCCACUACCACUGCAGUGACAACUGCAACAGUACCCACUACCACUGGUACCACUGGUACCACUGUAGCAACAACAGCCACAGUGCCCACUACCACUGGAACUACUGCAGCAACAACAGCCACAGUGACCACUACCACUGGUACUACUGCAACAGUGCCCACUACCACUGGUACCACUGCAGCAACAACAGCUACAGUUCCCACUACCAUUGGUACCACUGCAGCGACAACAGCCACAGUGCCCACUACCACUGGUACCACUGCAGCGAUAACAGCCACAGUGCCCACUACCACUGGUACCACUGCAGCGAUAACAGCCACGGUUCCCACUACCACAGGUACUACUGGUGUGAUAACAUCCACAGUGCCCACUACCACUGGUACCACUGUAGCAACAACAACAUUUGUGCCUACUGCCACUGUGACAACGCCUUCAGUGACGACUGUGGUGUCUGCUACUACUAGCACAACUCCCACACUUUCUUCAGAAAUACCAACAUGUUGGACCUCGUGGACUAGCUGGCAGGGUGUUUGUGUCGGUGUUACAUGUCAGCCGAAGGAACGCUUUCGAACCCGCACUUGUAAAGAGAAUUGUAUGUGUGAUGCUAAUAAAGGUCUCGAGUCUUCGAUAUGCUCCACAGAGUGCCCCACAUCUACUGCUUGCUUGGAUAACGAGGAGAAGAGUAGUAACUGCACUACGUGGUGUGACAGCUGUAGGAAUGCGAUACUCGAUGUGCCGUGUGUGCCCAUUGGCUGCACGGAUGGCACCGACGAAGCCUGUGUGUGUGUUAGCGGGUACAAACGUGACAGAGCCCAGACGUGUGUGCAGGAACCGCUCUGUGAAUGUUACGAUGAGAGCGGUGCUGUCCACGAUAAAAACACAGUCAUUCGAAACAAUGAAACAUGCCUCGAAUGCUCUUGUAACAGUUCCAAUGUUUAUUCCUGUGUACCUAUUCCAGAUUGCUGUUCCUUCUCUGAAUGGGGUAUAUGGUCACGGUGUGACAGCUCGUGUGGUGUAGGGACCCAACAACGGACAAGGACUGUAGUCACAGGUGAAAACUGCGAUGCGGUCAACUCACCAGAUAUACGAGCAUGUGAUGGGCCAUGUGAAUGCCAUUACCAAGGUCAAGUUUAUCAAAAUGGAGACACUUUUACAGAUGAAUCAAUUUGUAAAAUAUGUGUUUGUAAGGAUGAAGUUACUAACUGCACAGAAACUCUAGUGGUUGAUGGAGGAUACGGCAUGUGGUCUUCAUGGAACAUGACUGGCUGUGAGGGUGACAAGAUGUGUGUGGACUAUAAAAAAACGCGAACCAGACAGUGCAAUGAUCCAGAGCCUAAGUGUGGUGGAAGUCAGUGUGUUGAACCCAGUACAAACACACAGCCAUGUUCAGACACUCCUUGUUGCUACCCCAAGACAACCGAUUGGACUGACUGCUCUAAGCCAUGUUACAACACCAAUGAGUCGCAGGGAACCCGGAGUAGAACAAAAUUCUACCCUAUCGCUGGUUGUGGACAGCCUGAAAUGGAAGUCGAGGAAUGCGGCGAACCUUGUGACUGUGUGGCCAAUCACCCGUGGUCCACAUGGAGUACGUGUGAUGACCGAUGUGGACAGGUGGCGGUGAACAGGACGCGAGGGACGUCCUCAGACCCAGACUGCAGCUCCCUGCCAGACACAGACUUCAGGAUGUGCUUCUCUCACAACUGUGAAUGCACGGAGCCAGACACCGUAUAUACAAACUCAAGCACCUGUGAACAAACCUGUGAAAGUGUGACUCCGUCAGCAGACUGUGGUAAUGUGGUAAAGUCUGGGUGUGUCUGCACUGGAGAUACCUACAAGAAGGAUGGCAAGUGUGUCCCUCGGGCUGACUGCUUUACGUGCCUCAUGAACGGCACAGUACAUGAGAAUAAUAGCGUGUAUCCUUCACCAUCUAAUGGCUGUAUGGAAUGUCGGUGUUCUGACGGGAAGGAAGACUGCUACAAGAGCUGUACAGAUCAAGUUACAUGUCUGCCAACUGAGGAGAUGGUUCAUGACGGCUGUUGUUACAAAUGCCAGUUGAAGCCCGGACUCUGUGGACGUAAAUACCAGUCUGUUUCGAUCUCGGUGGACAACUGCACCACCAGUCACAAUGUCAGUGUGCCAUACUGUGAGGGAACCUGUGACACGGGCCAGUCUAACAUCGAUCCACUAACUGGCGCACCAACGUACACCUGCAUCUGCUGUACACCCACCACCACGAUGACUAUACAGCAGAAUGUCACCUGCAGCGAUGGCAGCCUACAGCAAGUUAAUCUUCAAGAGAUUCAGGCUUGUUCAUGCACAUCCUGUGCUAAUCCUGUCUAGAUAAAAGCAACCACAAACCAAGUUUUAAGAUGACGACCGACUGUCCCUGGACUAUGAGCUUAGUUAUUAGUAAUAGUAGUAAUUUUGAUCUUGGGAGGAAACAAAUGUUAUGUUGUUAAAAGUCAGUGAUGGUCUUAAAGGAGGGCAAAUAAGUAAUUGCCCAGUUGUGGAAUUAACAUGGCAUUGUUUGGUCUCUGUGAGAGCACUGCCUGUUGAAUAAGUACGUUCAUUUCACGGCUCACGGAGUGUAUUUGAAUGUUAUUUGGGGCGCCACUGUCAGUGCAAUUUGAAAGUAGGAGAAGUGGGUGGGGGGGCCACUGUCAAUCCAAAAUCCCAGGGAGGGAAAUUUAAGAACCCAAAAGGCCUAGACCUGUUGGACAGGGUUUGGAGGCAUGCUUCUCUGACAAAAUUAAGAAUUUUAGGUAUUCCAGUAUGUAAAAAACCUUUGGGGACAUAUAUUUUCAGCCAAUGUAUUGUGACCCUCAGUUGGUCAACUUAUGUGCUACCCUUCCUUUAAUGACCUUCAACCAUACAGGGCUCCAGAUAGUAGUGGCAUAAUGAGGGUGGUACAUAUACAUGUUUCCAACUGCUAAACCUGAAAGAAGGGCAUCGAAUUCAGGGGCUGUAGAACAGCUUGGGGCCUGUUAUUGUGCUCAGAAUGCUGAAAAUGCUGUUUAACCAGCAACAUAGUCAUAAUAUCCCACUUGUUACAGAUAAUUUGGUAUAUAAUUGCAUUGUGACUGUGUGAGCAAAGGGGAUACUUCAGAAGUUGAAACCCCACAUGUUCAAAGCUUUUUGGCUUUUUAAAAAUUGUACAUGCAUACACCUGCAUUUAUCAUAAUGAAUUGUACUUGUAGAAUGCAGGAAAUUGUAUUUCAGGAUAUCUACUUUUAAAACUGUUUCUCCAAUGCCUCCGAACCACUCUAUAAAUGAUGUAAAUGCAAUACCAAGGGAGUUAAGUCAGUUCAGUUAAAUUAUUAAACAUAAAAUCCUACAUAGUACCUUGAAAAUAAAAUAAUUCAAACUUAACCAAAAGCAUUUAAAAAUAAUCUUCUAAAGAAUACAACGUCUCCGAUGCCCAAAGACUCAGGACCAUAAGACCAUCCAUGUUAAAAGUUGUAGUAUUUAAUAAAAUGUCUGCAAAUUUGAAA